AAUUAAUCAAUCCCCCUAAUUAUAUUCGUUAACCGCUAAAACCACUUUUACGCAGGCAUCAAAUCCCCCUAAUUAUACUCGUUAACCGCUAAAAGGGAACAUGGAGAAUAGUUGCGCAAUGAGCUACUCCGGCAGCGAUCGCCCGGCGGUGAUGGUCACGAACGACGACGGUAUCGACGCCCCCGGCCUUCGAGCUCUCGUUCGCGUUUUGGUCUCGACCAAUCGAUUCCGGGUCUUCGUUUGCGCACCUGACUCUGAAAAGUCUGCUGUUAGUCAUAGUAUCACGUGGAGAAAUGCUAUUUCUGCCAAGCCUGUGGAAAUAAGUGGGGCGAUUGCUUUUGCAGUAUCUGGAACACCUGCUGAUUGUACAUCUUUGGGAAUUUCGAAAGCUCUCUUCCCUUGUAUACCUGAUCUGGUAAUCAGUGGCAUUAACAUGGGUAGCAACUGCGGUUAUCACAUGGACUCAGCAAUCAUUAUGUCCCGGUUGCACAUUGUGCCUCUGUUGACUACUAUUCUUAAUAUAUGCAGUGGACUGUCGCAGGGGCUCGGGAAGCAUUUUUCAAUGACGUACCAGCCAUUUCUGGUUGGUGGGAAGAGUAAAGUCGAUGAUUUUGCUCUAGCAGCAGAAGUUUGCUUACCCAUAAUUAGUGCCUUAUUGGCUGAAAUCAAGAAGAAAACUUAUCCUCAAAACUGCUUCCUGAAUAUAGAUGUGCCGACAGAUGUUGUGAAUCACAAGGGCUAUCGACUGACCAAGCAAGGCAAGAGUAUUGUGAGAAUGGGGUGGACACAAGUAACGUCUGAUGCUAAAGGUGGAAAAAUGUUAUCGACAAUGACCAUGGAUACUGAUUCAUCAUAUGUAGAAGAACUCUCGAAUACAAAAGACGCGCAUCUCGUAUUCAAAAGAGAAGUCACGGGAUCACAAGUGGAAGAUGGUGACACAGACUACUGUUCUCUUCAAGAAGGAUAUAUAACCAUCAGCCCUCUAGGCGCCUUGUCUCCUGCAGAGCCUGAUAGUCAGGCGUACUAUAAAGAGUGGCUGCCUGUCUCAGGGUUCUCGAAUCUGAUGAUAUUUCAGAGUGGCAGCUUUAGUUCCAAGGGAAGCCUUCCUACAGGUACCAUCAUUCCUACUCCUGGGAUGAUUGGUCAACGAUGUCAUAAUUAUUUCCUUAUAUUUAAACCAAAAUCUAUUUAUGGAGUCAAAAAUCUAUUUUUGGAUCCAAAUUCCCUGCUGAUUGUAGCAUUUACAUUAAGAUGUGUAAUAAAUGACGCAUAUAUGAAUGAUAUGAUUUUGAUUGGGAGAUACUUUUGUCUCAUUGUGAUAACUAAUGGUGUCCGAAAAACAGCAUAGAAAUAUUCUCUUCAUCUUUCAGAUGAAGACCUUUGGCAGGAUAUUCAAUCUUUAUGGACCUGAUCUAUUUUUCUUUUUUUCCCCAAGGCUUAGAAUCAACAAUUAUAACCUGAGGUACUUUCACUAUCUCAUCUGUCUGCAGAAUAUCUACAUCAUUGUAAUUCCUACCAGUGUUUAGGCUGCAAGCGGAUAUACGUUCAUUUUGUUCA